GAAAAGCGAUCAUGGGUUCUUGUUCUAGAAAUUUGUAUGCAGGAAUAGGUGAAGGGCAAUCAACCACACGACCACCUCUUUUUAAUGGAACCAAUUAUGCAUAUUGGAAAGAACAAAUGAGAAUCUAUAUUCGUUCCACGAACUUCCAAUUGUGGUUGGUUAUAAAAAACGGGGAAGAGGUGCCGAGGAAGAAAGUCGGAGACAAGUUGAUCCCCAAGACCGAAGACGAUUUUGAUGCUGAGGACAUCAAAAAGGUCGAGAAUUAUGCAAAGGCAAUAAACAUGCUUUAUUGUGCCGUAAAUCCUGAUGACUACUGCAAGAUCUCCUGCUGCUCAACCGCCAAGGAGAUGUGGGAUAAACUUGAGGAGCACGAGAAGAUUGACGACAUGUUCGACCGAUUUUCCAAGAUAGUAAACGAUCUUCAAGCAUUGAAGAAGACUUACACCGACAGGGAUCUUGUACGAAAGAUCCUACUGAGCUUGACAUCCGAAUGGCGAUCUAAGGCCGAUGCCAUCUAUGAAUCAAUCGGCACAUCAAAUGUCACCAUCGACGGUUUAAGAGGUAACUUAAAAAUGUAUGAAUCUACUAUACCUAACCCGUCUUUGAAUGAUCAGAGAAAAGGCAUAGCAUUAAAAGCCUCCAAAGAACUGGCAAUGAAUGACUCAAGCGACGAAGAUGAAGUCAAGCUUGUCAUGAAGAAGUUUUGUAAACUUCUAAGGAAGAAAGAGAAAAUUGAGGAUAGCCCUGUGUGCUAUGGAUGUGGUGAAGCCGGGCACAUCAAGAACAAAUGCCCAAGAAGCGGAAGGAAUGCUCGUCACUUCAAAAAGCAAAGAGUAUACAUCUCGUGGGGUGGUGACUCCGGUGAUGAAUCAAGCGAACAAGAGGAAGAAGAGGAAGCAAACCUUUGUCUCAUAGCUCAAGAAAAAGAGGAGUCCGCCAACAACGAAAACCAAGAGGCAUGUAUUUCUUCUACUGGUUCUUAUUCUCUUGAAGAAAUGCAGGAAGCUCUCCAAGAGCUUUAUGACGAGUUUGUUAGCGCUUCUAAAACCAACAAAGUUUUAAAGAAACGUUUUUCCAAUCUUGAAACCUGUUGAAACACGGGCAUGUCACGUUUUCGUACUAAAGCCGUGUUCGUUUU